CACCAAACAUUAACCUCAAAACCGAACCGAUACGGAUACACUCACUCACUACUAGCAGAGAAGUUAACUGUGAAACUGUGCUUGCAAGUUAGUAGAUCCUCCUAUGUGAAGUUUUUAUUCGUUUGUAUUUGAUUUAUAGCUACAUAUUCUUAGUUGGUUUGGUAAAUCUUGAGUUAUGGCAUCUUCUAAACGUCCUGAACAUCAAGCUCCUCCGGAUAUAUUUUACAAUGAAACUGAAGCUCAAAAGUACACGCAGAACACAAGAAUAAUGAAAAUCCAAGAAGAAAUGAGUGAACGUGCUGUAGAGCUAUUGUGUUUACCCGAGGAUCAAAGUUGCUUGAUAUUAGAUAUCGGUUGUGGAUCAGGAUUAAGCGGAUCAGUGCUGGAGGAUCAGGGGCAUAUGUGGAUUGGGGUUGAUAUAUCUAAAUCAAUGCUAGCUGUUGCUCAGGACCGUGAAAUGGAGGGUGAUUUUAUCCUUGGUGAUAUGGGUCAUGGGAUGCCAUUUAAAGCUGGGUGUUUCGAUGGAGCUAUCAGUAUCAGUGCCCUACAAUGGCUUUGUAAUGCUGACCAUGCACAACACAAGCCAUCGAAAAGACUUUAUAAGUUUUUCUCUACCUUAUAUGCCUCCCUGAGUCGUACGGCAAGAGCCAUUUUCCAGUUUUACCCUGAAAAUUCACAACAAAUCGAGCUUGUUACAGCAGAAGCUAUGAAGGCUGGUUUUUUUGGUGGCCUAAUAGUAGAUUAUCCAAACUCAACCAAAGCAAAAAAGUUCUUUUUGGUUUUAAUGACUGGAGGAGCAGCUCCGCUUCCAAAAGCUCUUGGGACAGGCCCAUCAGAUGAUACUAUCUCCUUUACCAAUAAAAGAGAAAGGUUUGAGAAGAUUAAAGGAAAGUCUUUGAAGAAAUCCCGCAACUGGAUUCUUGAAAAGAAAGAACGGAGAAGAAGGCAAGGAAAAACUACAAGACAGGACUCCAAAUAUAGUGGAAGAAAAAGAAGUAGCAAAUUUUAGUUAAGUGCAACCGAUCGGGUCAUAGAAGCACCCGUCAAAUAAACUGACAGAAAUUUUUUACUUCAACGGCCAGAAAAUAGACAUUCAAGUUGAAUCCUGUGGAAGGUCAUUCACCUGUGACCAUAUGACUCAUCCCCCUGAGACCACCCGGACCAUCCUGCGGACGAGCCAACAAAGCCCAACUAGAGGGAGUAUACUAUAAUAGCCAAUACCUGAGAUGAAAAUGGAUUUAUAUCCAAUAGUCAGUACGGUAUAUUAUUUUGGUUCUAAUAGAACUUACCUAGAAGAUAAAAUUUGUGAAUGUUCAAUAGAAUGAUUAAUCACUUUUGAUUAAACUUGACAUCACAUAUCAUUGCCGAGGUGGUGUGGCUCUGUUAUUGGUUGGAGCAAUACUUAAUUGGCAAAUGUUCUUCACUCAGCACAUUGAUUUACAAAGCACCCGGCCAUUAUCUUACUCAUUCAAGCACGUUAGAGUGUUAAUCAAGACUGUUUGAAACUAAAUAAAAAUAAAAAUCUCUUUUAUUACCUAUUUGAAAAUGAAUGACGAGAUGAUAUUUAAGGAAUAACUAAUCUGUAACAUUAAUGAUGAGAGUUACAUACUUUUAAUAAGAAAUAUUUUUCAAAAUCAAUUAUUUGUUCACAUGGCAGAUAUUCACCUCUAUAUUAUACCCGGGUGCAUAUUUUAAGCUGAAAAUAAAUGAAGGGUGAGUGUAGUAAUAUUUUAAUAUAAAAUUAAUAAAUAUAUAAAUUUUAUUUCAUAUAUAAACAUUAGAACAAUUAACAGGUUGUAAAACAGUCAAAAAACUUGUAAAUAAAACAAUAAAUCAAUAAUAAUGUAAAGAUACAAAUAACAAACUAACAGAAAGGUAAAAAAAUGAAAUAAAGCCUCCUCUAAUACAAGGGUGUGUGGCAACAUGGCACCGCCAUGGAACUGAGUUAAUAGCUAACACCAUGCAAUAAACUGAAAAAUAUUACCUUUUUAUGGACUCUUUUGGAAUGUUAAGCCUACAUAAAGAAAUGGGACUGUUCAAAUUUAUGGUACAAUAGUAAACUUUACUAAACAAUUAUCAAAUCA